AUGCACAUCCCAACCAUCCUCCUCAUCGCGGCCGCCGCCAGAGCCGCCGUCGCCGCGCCCGUCACCACCCUCAACCCUACCGACUCAACCAACUCCGCCAACACCGUCACCGUCGCACCUGCCUCCGCCGGCAUGGUCGACACAGAAGGCCACUGCAUGCACCCACCGCGUGCCGCCUUCGCCGCUCUUGAUGCCGCCAUGGCCGCUGGAGAUGCCGCUACUGCUGCCGCCGCCGCUGCUGAAAUCGCCUCUGCUGUCGCUGCCGCACAAGCCGUCCGAACUGCCGCUGCCCAUGCGGACGAAGAAGAGACACAAGAGCAGUACAACAAGAAACUCGUCAAGAUGGACAAGGCGCGUGAGCACGGUGUUGUCUGCACUGUUUUGUAA